CAUAUGACUGUCUGCGCUCCGUUAACCUGUUUUCCUUCCAUUCGAAAACACAGACGAAGAUGGCGGAGGAGCGACAGAACCUUUUGGACGAUGAAGGGGAUACCUCGUCUUCAGGUCCCAGAAAUGAAAGCGGACCGGUCAGACCGAUGUCCGCGCUCUGUGACCCGAAACGGCUGCCUCAUCGCAUUUUCGUUCUGCUUUUUAUGUGCUUUCUGGGAUUCGGUGAGCAGGGCGGUUCCAACAAAAUUCUUUGGAGAGAGUUUAGGCUUCAUUCAGCUAACUGACUAUCAGACUAAUUGCUUUUGGAUAUCAGACAUCGUUGAAUCGUUGUUAGUUUGAUUAUCUUUAACCAUGAUGUAGCCUAUGACUGUAUCAAUAAAAUCAGAGCGGGUUUAGAAUGUAGCGGGACUUUGAUGUACCAAACACAAUGUAUCAAUUCUACCCACUGACAGCGUUACUUUGUUUCAGGAAGUUACUUCUGUUAUGAUAACCCCGCUGCUUUGCAGACUCAAGUCAUACAGGUGAGGAAGGAGGAGUGAAGUUUCCGUCUGUCACAUUCACAUGCAGAACUUUGGUGUCAUGCGACCGACGACACCGUCAUGUCACUCUGUCGUCAUUGUAACCUAGCCUGCUGUAUGCCAGAGCCUUCCUCCAAUAAUUCAAAAUGGGAAAUAACUUCACACAAUUAAUUGUAGCUAUUAUAACCCUAUGGAAACAUUCAUAUUAUAUGGAUGUCUGUUGACUCAUCAUGACACCACCAUGAUGUUGUAAACUUGCUUAUAAGUGAAACAAAGCAAUGUGUCAUCUUUGGUGUUCAGUCAGCACUAACAGGGAAAUGGCCAAUUAGAACUAACACAGCUAAGUUUCACUUUCAUUGUGCACAAAGGUUUUCAAAUACUGUAAACAACAGACCAAUAUCAGGUCAUACCAGGUAGUGUAUGGUUGGUCCAUACACUCACAGUUCAUAGUGUUUCUCUGCCUUUGUUUUGCUUUCUUAAAGAGACCCUUCUAGUAAUUUGGGCUUCCAAUGCACUGACAUUCUCUCUCCUCUCUGGUCUGCACCAGGACAUGAAGCUGAACACAUCCAUGUUCAUGCAGCUCUAUGCCUGGUACUCCUGGCCCAACGUGGUGCUCUGUUUCCUGGGGGGCUUCCUGCUCGACAGGGUCUUUGGCAUUAGGUAGGACCACAGGUUACCAAUGAAACACUAAUGUACAGACACCUGUUCCCUGCAUGGAAUUUUUGGUUAUCGCCAUCCAAGGAUAACCAUUUUGUACUGAAAAAAACAUGGUAUUUAACCUCUUGCGUCCAGUGACAACCUGGUUAGUCACAUAACGCAUGCAUAGUGCUGUGCUGCUCAGAGCAGAAACGGUAUGUGUACAAUACAUAGAUAAGGUGAGGUUUACACACUAGGGACCUUUUACGUCACAUUUGUAUAAUAUGAUAAGGGAUUCUGUAAUCACCCUGGUGUGGACGCUGGUUGGAGGUGUGUUUUUCCCACACUCCUCCAUGGACAAUACAGCCUGUGUAUCUACUGUAAUAUGGGCAGUGUUUGUCUGCCAGUGCUUUAGUAGGAAAUCCCUAGUCUCACCAUGAACCUCUGACAACAAAAGAUGCUGAGGUAAUUGUGUGUGGAGGAUUAAUCUGAAUCUAUGAUGAACUAGGGCUGUCAUCUCCAGCAACACAAGGAGAGAUAACAUUGUGAUGAAAUUCAUCACUUCAUAUUAUCCCCAUGUAAACAUCGUUUCUGUCACUGUGCUUCCCUCCUGGUAGGCUAGGAACGAUAAUCUUCGCCCUGUUUGUCUGCGUUGGACAGGUAGGUACACACCACACGAUGGAGAUGUGUUUGAGAGCUGUAUUUGAGAGCUGCUCUACUACAAAAUAUGUAGUACAAAUUCAAUUGAUCUAUUUCCAGUGGUGUAAUGUACAAUGAAUUCGGAAAGUUUUCAGACCCCUUGACUUUCCACGUUUUGUUACGUUGCAGCCUUAGUCUAAAAUGGAUUAAAUAGUUUUUUCCCCUUAUCAAUCUACAAACAAUACCCCAUAAUGACAAAGCGAAAACAGGUUUUUAUAAAGUUAUGCACAAAAAAAAAAAACAACAACAACAGAAAUACCUUAUUUACAUAAGUAUUCAGACCCUUUGCUAUGAAACUCGAAAUUGAGCUCCGGUGCAUCCUGUUUCCAUUGAUCAUCCUUGAGAUGUUUCUACAACUUGAUUGGAGUCCACCUUGUGUAAAUUCAAUUGAUUGGACAUGAUUUGGAAAGGCACACCUGUCUAUAUAAGGUCCCACAGUUGACAGUGCAUGUCAGAUCGGAAAACCAAGCCAUGAGGUCGAAGGAAUUGUCCGUAGAGCUCUGACAAAGGAUUGUGUCGAGGCACAGAUCUGGGGAAGGGUACCAAAACAUUUUUGGUUCACCUUCCAACAGGACAAUGACCCUAAGCACACAGCCAAGACAACACAGGAGUGGGUUCUGGACAAGUCUCUGAAUGUCCUUGAGUGGCCCAGCCAGAGCCAGGACUUGAACCCGAUCGAACAUCUCCGGAGAGACCUGAAAAUAGCUGUGCAGCGACGCUCCCCAUCCAACCUGACAGAGCUUGAGAGGGUCUGCAGAGAAGAAUGGGAGAAACUCCCCAAAUACAGGUGUUCCAAGCUUGUAGCGUCAUACCCAAGAAGACUCAAGGCUGUAAUCGCUGCCAAAGGUGCUUCAACAAAGUACUGCGUAAAGGGUCUGAAUACUUAUGUAAAUAUGAUAUAUAUACAGUGGGGAGAACAAGUAUUUUAUACACUGCCGAUUUUGCAGGUUUUCCUACUUACAAAGCAUGUAGAGGUCUGUAAUUUUUAUCAUAGGUACACUUCAACUGUGAGAGACUGAAUCUAAAACAAAAAUCCAGAGAAUCACAUUGUAUAAUUUUUAAGUAAUUAAUUUGCAUUUUAUUGCAUGACAUAAGUAUUUGAUACAUCAGAAAAGCAGAACUUAAUAUUUGGUACAGAAACCUUUGUUUGCAAUUACAGAGAUCAUACGUUUCCUGUAGGUCUUGACCAGGUUUGCACACACUGCAGCAGGGAUUUAGGCCCACUCCUCCAUACAGACCUUCUCCAGAUCCUUCAGGUUUCGGGGCUGUCGCUGGGCAAUACGGACUUUCAGCUCCCUCCAAAGAUUUUCUAUUGGGUUCAGGUCUGGAGACUGGCUAGGCCACUCCAGGACCUUGAGAUGCUUCUUACGGAGCCACUCCUUAGUUGCCCUGGCUGUGUGUUUCGGGUCGUCGUCAUGCUGGAAGACCCAGCCACGACCCAUCUUCAAUGCUCUUACUGAGGGAAGGAGGUUGUUGGCCAAGAUCUUGCGAUACAUGGCCCCAUCCAUCCUCCCCUCAAUACGGUGCAGUCGUCCUGUCCCCUUUGCAGAAAAGCAUCCCCAAAGAAUGAUGUUUCCACCUCCAUGCUUCACGGUUGGGAUGGUGUUCUUGGGGUUGUACUCAUCCUUCUUCUUCCUCCAAACACGGCGAGUGGAGUUUAGACCAAAAAGCUCUAUUUUUGUCUCAUCAGACCACAUGACCUUCUCCCAUCCCUCCUCUGGAUCAUCCAGAUGGUCAUUGGCAAACUUCAGACGGGCCUGGACAUGCGCUGGCUUGAGCAGGGGGACCUUGCGUGCGCUGCAGGAUUUUAAUCCAUGGCGGCGUAGUGUGUUACUAAUGGUUUUCUUUGAGACUGUGGUCCCAGCUCUCUUCAGGUCAUUGACCAGGUCCUGCCGUGUAGUUACAUUUUACAUUAGUUCUGGGCUGAUCCCUCACCUUCCUCAUGAUCAUUGAUGCCCCACGAGGUGAGAUCUUGCAUGGAGCCCCAGACCGAGGAUGAUUGACCGUCGUCUUGAACUUCUUCAAUUUUCUAAUAAUUGCGCCAACAGUUGUUGCCUUCUCAUCAAGCUGCUUGCCUAUUGUCCUGUAGCCCAUCCCAGCCUUGUGCAGGUCUACAAUGUUAUCCCUGAUGUCCUUACACAGCUCUCUGGUCUUGGCCAUUGUGGAGAGGUUGGAUUCUGUUUGAUUGUGUGUGUGGACAGGUGUCUUUUAUACAGGUAACGAGUUCAAACAGGUGCAGUUAACACAGGUAAUGAGUGGAGAACAGGAGGGCUUCUUAAAUAAAAACUAACAGGUCUGUGAGAGACGGAAUUCUUACUGGUUGGUAGGUGAUCAAAUACUUAAGUCAUGCAAUAAAAUGCAAAUUAAUUACUUAAAAAUCAUACAAUGUGAUUUUCUGGCCUCUACGUGCUUUGUAAGGAGGAAAACCUGCAAAAUCGGCAGUGUAUCAAAUACUUGUUCUCCCCACUGUGUGUGUGUGUGUGUGUGUAUAUAUAUAUAUAUUAUUUUUUUAUUUUUACAUUAGACAAUUUUAAAAAAACUAUUUAAUCCAUUUUAGAAUAAGUCUGUAACGUAACAAAAUGUGGAAAAAGUGAAGGGGUCUGAAUUCCGAUUGCACUGUACUUAUGUGAAAAUACUUUAAAGUACUAAAGUCAUUUUUCAGGGUAUCUGUACUUUACUAUUUAUAUUUUUGACAACUUUUACUUGUAAUCCACUACAUUCCUAAAGAAAAUAUGUACUUUUUACUCCCAUACAUUUCCGCUGACACCCAAAAGUAUUAGUUUACAUUUCGAAUGCUCAGGAUGGACAGCAAUAUGGUCCAAUUCACACACCUAUCAAUAUAACGUGUUGUCAUCCCUACUGCCUCUGAUCUGGCAGACUCACUAAACACAAAUACUGUGUUUGUAAAUUGUGUCUGAGUGUUGGAGUGUGCCCCUGGCUGUCCAUCUGGUUUGCUUAAUGUAAGGAAUUUGAUGUAGAGUAUUUACUUUAACUUUUACUCAAGUAUGACAAUCGAGUACUUUAUCCCCCACUGUCUAUUUCCACAGAUUAUAGUUGCUGUUGGGGCACUUCUAGAUCUAUUCUGGUUAAUGGAGGUUGGACGGUUUGUGUUUGGGUAAGAUGCUUUUUAGACUAAGAAUAUUUUGUCACUGAGCUAGUCCUUGUUACAGCUCCAAGCCACUUCUCUCCCCCUAACUAAGUGCUCUCUCUCUGGGUAGGAUCGGAGGUGAGUCCCUGGCUGUGGCCCAGAACACCUAUGCAGUGAACUGGUUCAAAGGGAAGGAGCUCAACCUGGUGUUUGGUCUUCAGCUCAGCAUGGCCAGGCUGGUAAGAACAUGCUGGAAGCUAAGUAUAACACUGUAUUUAGAUUACAGAAGGACAUACUUAAGGCAUUAUUUAUGUGGCUGAUCAGGGUGAGUGUUGGCCUGUCUCCUCUCACUCAGGGCAGCACGGUCAACAUGAACAUCAUGGGCUGGGUGUACAACCGUGUCGCUGACCUGGUAGGCUCGACGGGACACACCACUCUGGGAGUCUCACUCAUGAUCGGUGAGUUAAAAGUGUGUGUGUGUUAGUGAUGCGUGGGUCAGCUGUUUGUUCACCCUCACCCACCAGCAAUUGAUAAUAACCCAUCCGCAACCGCCCGACUGUGAUAAAGUGAAAAUCUGAGGCCCACACCCGACCCUAACCCGCAAAUAUCUAAAAUGCGCUGUACAGUGUCUUUUUUCUCUUGAACAAUUUAUUGAACAAUUACAUUUCUCUUGAGCAUUUAAAAAAUGUGUGCACCUAUUGAACAGUAGCCUAUUAUUUUACAGAAAAUAAACAAAAUGUGAAACAAUGAAUGGACAUCUUGUAGGCCGACUGCACAGUUCUCUUUUUCUUUAAACAUUUAUUGAACAGUUAGGCUACGUUUUUUCUUGAGCAAUUGAGCAUUCUUAGGCCUAUUGAACAGUAGCCUAUAAUUUUACUGAAAGGAAACAAAAUGUGAAACAAUAAAUUGACAUCUUGUAGGCCGACUGCUUGUGUGGGCUAAUAUCCUAUACCGCUAUAUGAAUUAAUGAAAAAAUAUAAUGGAAAAUAAAUAGGCUAUAACACAACAAAGUUUAGAAAAUAAAAGUACCCACUGACCAGUUAUGAGGCUAUAAUUGCCUACUUUGUCUUGCUUUCUUUUGCAGCACUUUUAAGAAACAGAAUAGCGUCCGCUGUGCCAGGUUUCAGUCGGUUGCGCCUGGAUUCAACAACGCGCCCGGCAGUGCUGAAGGCGCGUUCACUCGAGUGCUUGAUGCCGGAAUGCAGAUAAUUAUAUUUUCAAAGAGACUGGAGUUGAGGGAAGUUACGCUCCUGCUUCUCCCAAAAAGCAAGCAAACUUUACUCCACACAAUCCUCCAGGGAAAAGUGAGUGCUUCUGUACCUCUGGAUUUUGUCGAUCUCUUUGGCCUCUCUCGACCUCCCACUCCGUGAAGUUAAAUCUUGUGCUUCCAACUGUAAAGUUAAUAUUUAAUAAGACUAGGCCUAAUAAUUACCUUUGCUGAAAUCCUCUGUACAUGGUGCUGAAACUCCAUCAGUGUCGGCGCAAGGCAGGUCUAUGGUGCUGAAACUUGACUUGGGGGUGGAGGGGCUGGAGGGGCUGGCUCUGUCAGUCUCCUGGCUUGGUCGUACACAGCGACUCGUUAUUGGAGCAUCUUCAGUGUUUUGAAUUUUGGGCACAGGAACGUGGCGAGUUUGUGUGUGGGAGGUAGCAACAUCUUCUCGGUGAGGAGCUUUUAAUGCUCGUAAGCAAAUAUGUACCUUGUAGAGUGGAUCUCCAUAUGUUGGCUCACAGCGUUGUUUUAGUUUGUGAAACCAGAGCAUCAUCAACUGGAGAGUGGGGUAUUUCUCUCCUUCUUGCUCUACAGAUGCUGCCUUGAAGACUGACAAAGUCGAUGAGUACUCAGCUCAUCCUGGUAAAUGCCCUUCAUUCAAUCCAGUUGGUCUUUGUUUUCGAGCAUUUGCCGUUUUUCUGUGUACUGCUUGCUGACCAACUCCAGCAUGUCAGCCUUGCUGUUCCAGUGAGUCUCGCAUUCUUGGAUUACUGCACGGGGUAAGUUUGGCGACAGCACCGGUCUUCUUUUAGGUUGGUCACAAGGCUCUUGCAUGCUUCCAUCAUCUCAGGAACUUCACGAACACACUCUGGUGCCUCCUUUUCUUGGAAUUUCUGUUUUAGGACUGUGUGCAGCACAUGAGCUGUGCAAGGGAUCCAGUGGUAGUUGCGCAGCGCUGCCUUUGUUUGCGCCCUGGUCACUCACAAACACGAUUUUGGAGAGACGGUCACCUGGAAUUCCAAAGUCAUUGAGUUCCUUGCUGAUUUGCUCGUGGAUGUUCUCUGCUGUCUUCCUGAGGUAGGCGUCAAUCUCCACGUUGGUGAUGACGCGAGUUUUCAGUUGCCAAUCUUCUGUCAAAAAAUGGCACGUAAGCACAGUGAAUUCCCUUUUGUUGAAAUCAUCCGUCCACAUGUCUGUGGUAAUGGCAACGCCACCGUCAUCUAAAGCCUUUUUGAUUGACUCAGACAGUGUAGCCUUCUCUGUUGUGGCCUCUUUGGCUCUUUCAAACACUCUGUCUGUGUUGGAUGACAGAGUUGGCCUUGACAGCUUCAUAAAGGGCUCCAAUCUUAAUAAGCCCUUUCCCGAAACAAUGUCAAAGGAACGCAAGUCCACAAAACAGAAGUCCACACAAUCAUCAACAAACUUGGAUUUCACCUGCAGUGGUAUCUUUUUGCUGUCAGCGUACAUUUGAGAUGUGCUUGGAGCUGGAGACCUGACUUGCUGGUACGCGGUUCAGCUGGUUGGGCUGGUUGGGCUGGUUGGGCCUGCCCUGUCUGCAGGUAUGACGUGCCAUAUUUGAAGUUCCCGUCUUGUGACUGUCGAGUUUGUAUAGCGCCUCACAAUCAUCACACAUAACAUAGCCGGCACUGCUAUCAUCCUCUUUUACCACUUCACCAGAUCUUUCCUGGCCCUCCCUUCUCUUUAUUUUCAGCUUUCCAUUCUGCAGCUUAUUGACUUAAACUCCGACACUGUCCUUUUUGCCUCAGUGGAUUGACGUUAAAUUUUUCUGCCCAAAUUCCCAAAAGCAUUUGGCGAUUGCCGCAUGUAUUUUUUCACACAUACAGUUAGGCCUUAUCUGAGGCUUAGGCACUAAUGCCAGAUAAAAGUUAUAUUAAAAAAUAAUAAUAAUACUCAAUGUAGCCUAUAGAUGGGCACAAUAAUUAUGAAUUGCACAAUUUUAAUGAUUUGUUUCUCUUUAUUCAACCCGACCGACACCCCACCCGCCCUUCAUCCACACAACAUUUCAUGACCCUAAACCCGCCCGCACCGCUGAUAUAACCGCAGGGACUGCGGGUUAUGAGUCAACCCGCGCAUCACUAGUAUGUUUGUGUGUGUAUUUAGUAUUUUAGUAGGAUUCCCAUUAGCUGUUGCUUAAGCAGCAGUUACUCUUCCUGGGGUCCACAUAUAACAUGACAUAAUGCAGAACCACACAUUUUGUGUGAGUGAGAUGCAUGUCCACAUUUGAUCAGGAGGACCGUGAGCUAGAUUCCCAGGCCUGCUGUCUACAUUGAGCCUCAGGUUACAUAUCUCUCUCCAUCCAUGACAGCCCUGUCUGCAACACCAUACCAUUUCUAUUACAACUGCUCUCUAAUCUCAGCACAGGGAGGGGAGGGGAGGGGAGCGGGGGAGAGGAGAGGGAGGAGAGGAGAGGGAGGAGAGGGGAGGGAGAGAGGAGAGGGGGAGAAGAGGGAGAGGGAGGGAGAGAGAGAGGGGAGAGGGGAGGGAGAGAGAGAGGAGGGGGGAGAGGGAGGGAGAGAGAGGAGAGGGGAGAGGGAGGGAGAGAGAGAGGAGAGGGGGAGAGGGAGGGAGAGGAGAGGGGGAGAGGGAGGGAGAGAGAGGAGAGGGGGAGAGGGGAGGGGAGGAGAGGAGGGAGGGAGGGAGAGGGAGGAGGGAGAGGAGAGGGAGAGGAGAGGAGAGGGGAGGGAGGGAGGGAGGGAGAGGGGGGGGGGGAGAGAGAACCAGAACCAUUUUUCCUGUCAUUUGUCUGAUGAAUCAUGUGAUGGAAGAGGUGUCAGUUUCGUGAUGCUUCACUUCUCUUUUCACUUCCUCUUUCUCUUUCACGGUGGGUGACCUCACUCGCUCCACAGGAAUAAGAGGAGCCCAGCAGUCUGUGUGUUCUCUUCAGCAGGACUCAACCGUACAGUCCUGUAACAUUAUAAUGGAGCCCCAGUAGAUAUGUGCCGAUGCUUUACAGAAACUACAUAGCAGAGGAACAUUAAGGCUGUGAGAUGGCUCUAAUAUGUCCAUACCCUACUGUUAAUUCAAACCAAAACCUACUGCAUUUUGCAACAUACUUAUUGACAUUUCACCUGGUUAAUGGUGAAUAUUUAUUGGACCACAGACCCCUCUGUCACUCACAUCGCAUCCCACCCUCUACAGCAGAGUGUGAUGUAGAGAUUUAGUUUGAGGCAAAUCAAACAUUCGACCACCCCCAAGAAAUCGAAAGCAUUCUAACAACCGCUCUCGACACAAAAUCUAAAGUAAAACUUUGAGGUACUUAUUUAUCUAAUUACUCUUGACUGUUGGGCCUAAGGAAGCAGUAAUGUUUAUUUAGACUGAACUAGACAGGUCUUUAAAGAUCCUUCCCAGGCUCUUCUCCUGAGGACUUACCCUGUGGUGCUGCUGUAGGUUCAUGAGACACACACCUACCUGUUCAUAGCUGAUAUAAUGAUUUCCUGUGUCUCUCUCUCUCUCUUUCUCCUUCUCCAGCUGGGGUGACCUGUAUAUUCUCUCUGGUCUGUGCUCUGGUGUUGGGCUUCCUGGACAAGCGAGCAGAGAGGAUCCUCAACAAGGAACAGGGAGGGACCGGUGCGCUAACAUGGCAGUCAGUGACUGCCUCAGAUGAUGUGUGUCGCAAUCAGAGCUGAACAACACAGGAUAAUGGCAUUGACAGGGAUGAUCGUCAUUAUCUAUGUGCUAUGGUUAUCAUGUCCACUGUAUUCUGACAACGUUAGUGUGAGGAGGGAGGUGGUGGAGGGUAGGUUCCUUCUCUUAAGAAUAUGUUACCUGUCACCAUUAGUCUCAUUUUGCCUUGAUUAAUUUAGUUGAUAAAGGAGCUCUUUAUUCAAUUGGGAAACCGCCAACUCCCCGUUGCGCGUAAUCUUGUUGUCAGAAUUGAUCAUUGGGAAGGUAGCCUGUGUUUCCCUGGGCUGGCUUUAGUGUGACAGGGGCGGAGGUCAGGGGUCGUAGUACUACUUCCUGUGGGUUAUUGACUGGCUGUCACACCCCUUUCCCAAGGUGACGCUUUAGCCAAGACUGGUUCUGUGUGUUGAACAUGUGUUCUGUGUGUGUAGGGGAAGUGAUCAAGCUGACGGAUGUGAAAGACUUCCCUUUCCCACUGUGGCUCAUCUUCAUCAUCUGUGUGGGCUACUACGUGGCCAUCUUCCCCUUCAUCGGACUGGGACAGUGAGUAGCACACCAACCAUCACUCAUCAUGUCUUAUCCGUCAAAACCAUCACCAAUAUGGCCAGCUUUUUAUCACAACUAGUUAUUUGGGAUGCAAGAUGAUUGUAGAUCAUGGAUUAGGUGCUGCCCCUUGCUCAAGCUGAUCCCCUCGAACACAAUGUCUAUUCUCCAUCAUGUAAAAUACCUCGGAUGAAUAUCAUCUUUACUUAAACUCUUUUAGAAUAAUCUUUAUUGCCAUUUCUCCCAAGCUGAUUAAAUAAUUAAUUAACAUGUAAUCUAAUCCUCUGAGUGGGUAGGAAAGAUAAAGAGUACUAGGGGGAGAGAUACAGAGUGAGAGAGAGAUACAGUGCUGAGUGUGGCUGACUGACUCCUUCUCACCUCUCUGUCUUCCCCUUGCAGGGUUUUCUUCAUUGAAAAGUUCAACUUCUCACCUCCUGAAGCAAGAGCAAUCAACAGGUAACGCACACCACUUUUACCCCAGUCUGAGAUGCCAGAAUAACUCAAUAAGGAGAGUGAUUCAAUUUGGACGGAGUGAGGCAGUGCCACUCAGCUUUUUGUUAGGAGUUCUUCAAAUGAGGUUUGUUUUAGCUCUCUUCUCACCUCAGGCUAAGAACUGUCACAACACAUUGCAACUGUAACUGUCUCUAUCACCCUUCUAAACACUAUCUCCCUCUCUCCUUUUCUUUACCUCCUCACACUCUCUCCUUUCCCUUUUCUCUCACUUCUUCCCUUCAUCUCGCCCUCCGUGCUUCUCCUCCUCCCUUCCUCUCAUUCUCUCCCUCCGUUUCCCUCUCUCCACCCUCUUCUUCUCUCCCAGUAUUGUGUACAUCAUCUCGGCCCCAGCCUCCCCCUUGUUGGGCUUCAUGGUGGACAGGAUAGGGAAGAACGUGAUCUGGGUGCUGUGUGCCGUCGUCACGACGCUCAUAGCCCACAUGAUGCUCGCCUUCACCUUCUGGAACCCCUGGAUCGCCAUGGUGAUGACCAUUCUCCAUUCUAUUACCGUUAGAAUGAUGCAGAGUGGUUCACAGCAGAAUAUGACCUUGGAGACAUUAGUAGUACAUUCACUAGAAACCUAGUGUAUGCAGUGAUGAGCGGUAGGCCAGAUUUGGAUCACUGGGUCCUUGAAUACUUGCAUUUGUUUAGUCCUGCAAGACAAUUACAUCCUGCUUCCAGAGGAUUGGAUUAUGCAGUAUGUUAUGCAGUCAGAUUUUAUUUGUUUAUAUAUAGUAAUUGAGAUGUAUUGUGACUGGGUAACCAGGUAUAGUGAAUGGUGUUGGUAACAGUGUUGAUAAUGCUACUGUGUAUCUGUGUCCUCCAGUCCCUGUUGGGUUUGUCCUACUCCCUGCUGGCCUGUGCCCUGUGGCCCAUGGUGGCCUUCGUGGUGCCAGAGCAUCAGCUGGGGACAGCCUAUGGCUUGUAAGUACACCUGCUCCCACCCACCCCUUCUGUGUAACCAGAAAACUGCCUCACACCUACAGGUGUUUGCAUUCUAUCCAUCAUUAUUUGUGACUAUGAUGAUACUGCUGCUGCUGCUGUUGAUGAUGAUGCUGCUGUUGUUGAUGGUGGUGGUGGUGAUGAUGAUGCUGUUGUUCUUGAUGAUGAUGAUGCAUGGCCUUCCUACCUCCCAGCAUGCAGUCCAUCCAGAACCUGGGCCUGGCUCUGAUCUCCAUGGCAGCAGGAUCUAUUCUGGACAACAAGGGAUACCUCUUCCUGGAGGUCUUCUUCUGCGCCUGUGUCUGCUGUGAGUAACACUUCUGUGUGUGUGUGUGUGUGUGUGUGUGUGUGUGUGUGUUGAGUCAACCAAUAAAUGUCUCUCUCUCUCUCUCUCUCAGUGGCGCUGAUUGCGGUAGUAAUGCUGUACUUUGUUGAUUAUCUACGAGGUAAGAGAGAUGGGAGCUGGCCCCCUGACACCACUCACAGUGGAGCGUGCCUUAUGAUAUCCUCACUAACCAUGCUCUUUGAUAUCCCUCUCCCGUUCUCUCUCCCACCCUUUCUCUUUCUGUCGCUUUCUGUCCUUCUCCCUCUCUUUUCCUCUCUCUCCCCUCCUCUCUCCAUUACUCCCUCUCUCUCUUCAGGAGGAGAUCUGAACCUCUCAGCCUCUGCCAGGGCCAAACUCCUGAAGGGCUCCAAUUCAGAUUCAGAGUGAGUAUCCAUGACCUUUCACCUUUCCCCCCUCCUCCUCUUACACUCAAUACAGACAAGAGCCACUGAACGUUAGGCUCUCAACCCACUCAUAAGGAGAAAGGCAAGGACCUAUUAUCAAUGUAUUAUCAAUCUAUUAUUAAACAUCCAACUGGUGCUGGACUAAAAAGAAAAGCCUGCAACUCUGACGUUCUUCACUAGGGUUCCCAACCUCUCACCUUAUCUGUAGAGUCAGAGAAAGUUGUAAGAGAAAACCUCUGCAAUAUAUGAUCCCAAGUGGGUUUAAUGAAAACAUUUGAGAAAAGCCAUUUCAGAGGUUUGUGGUUAACAUUCUGAAUUAAUCAUGUGCAAGCUUAGUAGAUAAUAUGAAUGCUCUGGAUUGAGUAAGAUGGAUUUACACUUUGUCUAUAUCAAGAGUGUAUUUAGUGCUCAAUCUGCAUAAUAUGUUUUGAUGUAUGGUUUUCUUGCACCUUUACCAAUUCUGGCUCUCCUAACUCUCAUACACUGUUCCUGAGUGUGGUCCAUGUGAACGUGGUCAAUGUGUUGUCUAACCUGCUUCUGCACUUGUGUGUAGUGUCACUGCUCGCUCGGCCCAAUUCCUCUCCAACAUCUUGUCUCUUUCCCUCUGCCCUUGUUGACUUGCCCAUGCAGAUGUGAAAAACAGGAUGAAGCUAAUGUUUCACUUAUCAACAAUUCAACAAGGGCAGUAGAGAAGGAUUUGAUUUAUAAUUCUAGUUGGUCUGUGUCUGGCUGUGUCUGGCUGUGUGCUGAGUACCCCAGACUAAUGCAUUGGCCCUGUCCUGUGCUGUUUUCCAGGUGAGAGGGCACACAGUCCUGGGCCUCAGUGCCAGCUGGCUGCACUGACCCAACCACAGCUGUCAAUCACCAACUAGGGGGUGUGUCUGCACUACUGACUCCUCCCACCUGCACACUGACCCAUACCUGCAUUGUAACUGACCCCUCCCAGCAACAUACUGACCAAUCGCAGCUCAGAUGCUGACCCCUCUGCUCUGACAUCACAUACGAUUCCUCGUCUCACUGACUCCUCCCUCCAGUGGCUGUGUCAGGGCUGGGUAAUGACUGACUGGUGUUUGUGCAUGCUUUGGAACCUCAAACCUCAGCACCAAUCAUACUUUAAUGUCAGUAGAGUGGGGUACCAGAAAGCACUUUAAACAUACUUUUAAGUGUUUUAAAAAGGUUUUUAAAUGUCUGUGGAACAAGGCCCCAGGCUGAGUGACUUUUACUUUAGAGAUGUAAAGUUAUUCACCGAUUAAUGCACGUCCAGAUGAAAAAUCACCCACACUAAUAAGAGGUGAAAUGGUUAGAUUUUAUUAGAAAAAUAUUUUUAAGCAUCUCUCUAAAACCAGUAUGUUAGAAAGGACUUAGAUUGUCCAUCAAUGUUAUGUAUGUUUUUUUUUAUUAAUAUUGUUCAGAAAGGUCUACAUUUUUACUUCAACUUUUUGAUUAUCAAAACAAACAGUUGGUGUGCUUAUAACUUCUAUACGCCCAUAAAUUAAUAAUCUGUGUAAUCAUGAAGAAAAUGUCAUCUAAUUGGGAGCAGAAAACUAACCCAUCUCCUUUCCCGGCUUUUGCAUACAGUGAGGUCAUUCUGAACGGUAAUCAUAUACGCAUCAUCUAGUUUGACAGAUUUAUGCUGGAGGAUUUCAGAAUCUGCAGUGUGUUAAAUUCUUUAUAGCGCCGUUCCUUCAUUAAAUUCCUUUCUUUGCUCUUUGCUGGUCAUAGAGGCUCGUAAAACUUUACACCGUCACACCAUCUCUUGGCUGGUCAUAGAGGCUCGUAAAACUUUACACCGUCACACCAUCUCUUGGCUGGUCAUAGAGGCUCGUAAAACUUUACACCGUCACACCAUCUCUUGGCUGGUCAUAGAGGCUCGUAAAACUUUACACCGUCACACCAUCUCUUGGCUGGUCAUAGAGGCUCGUAAAACUUUACACCGUCACACCAUCUCUUGGCUGGUCAUAGAGGCUCGUAAAACUUUACACCGUCACACCAUCUCUUGGCUGGUCAUAGAGGCUCGUAAAACUUUACACCGUCACACCAUCUCUUGGCUGGUCAUAGAGGCUCGUAAAACUUUACACCGUCACACCAUCUCUUGGCUGGUCAUAGAGGCUCGUAAAACUUUACACCGUCACACCAUCUCUUGGCUGGUCAUAGAGGCUCGUAAAACUUUACACCGUCACACCAUCUCUUGGCUGGUCAUAGAGGCUCGUAAAACUUUCCACCGUUCACACCAUCUCUUGGCUGGUCAUAGAGGCUCGUAAAACUUUACACCGUCACACCAUCUCUUGGCUGGUCAUAGAGGCUCGUAAAACUUUACACCGUCACACCAUCUCUUGGCUGGUCAUAGAGGCUCGUAAAACUUUACACCGUCACACCAUCUCUUGGUGGUCAUAGAGGCUCGUAAAACUUUACACCGUCAUAGAGGCUCGUAAACUUUACACCGUCACACCAUCUCUUGGCUGGUCAUAGAGGCUCGUAAAACUUUACACCGUCACCACCAUCUCUUGGCUGGUCAUAGAGGCUCGUAAAACUUUACACCGUCACCACCAUCUCUUGGCUGGUCAUAGAGGCUCGUAAAAACUUUACACCGUCACACCAUCUCUUGGCUGGUCAUAGAGGCUCGUAAAACUUUACACCGUCACACCAUCUCUUGGCUGGUCAUAGAGGCUCGUAAAACUUUACACCGUCACACCCUCAAGGCUAAGGCAGACCUUGUCAAAGUGAUAAAGGAAUUUAAAGGGAAACAUUAGAAUAACAUUGGCAAUUGGGUGGAAACCCUCGUUGCUGUACACAGUGGUGUAAAGUACUUGAGUAAAAAUCCUUUAAAGUACUACUUAAGUAGUUUUUUGGGGUAUCUAUACUUUACAAUUUAUAUUUUUGACUACUUUUACUUCACUACAUUCCUAAAGAGAAUAAUGUACUUUUUACUCUGUACAUUGUCCCUGACAUCCAAAGGUACUCGUUACAUUUCGAAUGCUUAACAGGACAGGACAAUAGUCCAUUUCACACACAUCAUGAGAACAUCCCUGGUCAUCCCUACUGCCUCUUAUCUGGCAUACUCACUAAACACAAAUGCUUCGUUUAUAAAUAAUGUCUGAGUGAUGGAGUGUGCCCCUGGCUAUCCAUAAAUUUAAAAAAACUAGGAAAAUGUUGGCCCCGUGUAGCUCAGUUGGUAGAGCAUGGCGUUUGCAACGCCAGGGUUGUGUGUUCGAUUCCCACAGGGGGCCAGUAUGAAAAAUUUAUGCACUCACUAACUGUAAGUCGCUCUGGAUAAGAGCGUCUGCUAAAUGACUAAAAUGUAAAUGAAAAUCAUGCCGUCUGGUUUGCUUAAUAUAAGGAAUGUGAAAUGAUUUAUACUUUUACUUUUGAUACUUAAGUAUAUUUUAGCAAUUACAUUUACUUUUGAUACUUAAGUAUAUUUAAAACCAAAUACUUUUAGACUUUUACUAAAGUAGUAUUUUACUGGGUGACUCACUUAUACUUGAGUCAUUUUCUAUUAAGGUAUCUUUACUUUUACUGAAGGAUGAUAAUUGGGUACUUUUUACACCACUGGCUGUACAACUGAAUGAAAGGAUAAAUACUUUGUUUUGUGAUCAAUAAACAUCAAAUCUCAGGAAAUUGCCUAGAGACACUUUCAUAUGUUGAAAACCACUAAAUCAAAUUAUCAUUCUAAUGUCAAAAUCACUUUUGAUUGUUUUUCUAUUGUAAUGAGUGAUCACUUCAAAGUCUUUAACCCUGAAUCAGUUUUCUGCAGGAAAACCCAAGCUUGAACCAAGUGGCUUGCCAUAGCAUAGUAUUAGUUCAAAUAUUGUGGUGGAGGAAACCAAUCCAUAUACCGCUAAAGUUGUGAUGGCUGUUUGUUUGUUUUUGUUAGCUGCAGCAUAGUCUCUGUGUAAAUUGCACUGAGAGUGCUGUCUGUUUAGAGUUGAUCUCUCUAACACACUUCUAACAGCUCUAAAUAACAUGUUCUAUGGGUACUACUGCCUAGAGCAGAGGUCUCAAACCCUGUUCCUGGAGAGCUACCCUCCUGUAGAUUUUCACACCAACCCCAGUUGUAACUAACCUGGUUCAGCUUAUCAACCAGCUAACUAUUAGAAUCAGGUGUGCUAUAUUAGUGAUGGAGUGAACCUACAGGACGGUAGCGCUUCAUGAACAGGGUUGGAGACCCCUGGCCUCGAGGUACCAUGUUUAGUCCUAAAUUCAUAAUUUUUUACAAAUGUUGCAAUAACAAAUUACCUCAAACUACUCGUUGAACUUUUAAGUAAUUUUAAAUCGCUGUAGUUUAAAUAUUAUAAAUUGUUGACAAUUUGGGGAAAAAAUGUAACGGGAUGUUUUUGUUACAUAUCUGAUGUUCACUGUGGUUGUUAAAGAACAUUAUCAGGACAUUGUGUCCUUGCCAGAUCUGAUUGUCAUUCUGUCUGAUCAAAUUGACUUUUUAUAUACUACAGUAUUGUCUCAGGACAGCAAAUAAAAGUUUGUAAAAACAGACUCAGAAUUCUCAAUAAUGGUAUAUUUUAUUUAUUUUUACCAUGAUGAUUAUGCCACUCCCCCUGCUGUCCUUGUAGAGUUGAGAGGCAUCAGAGGGUCAGUCUGCAGACUGAGGAGAAGCUGGCCAAACUCAGGCCCAUGUCUGCUUUUGGCCUUCGCAACCGCUACCUGUCCAGACUAGGAGCUCAGGUACACACACACCACACACACACAAACACUGUAUGCACAUGGAUGCUAAAUUCCUUCUCCUUCCUCCAGCUCCCAGAUCAGUACUGUACCCACCUGUCUUCACUGGCACACAGAAGUGUACUGAAGUGAUGGGGACUACUCUGCACUUAACCCCCUCAACAUCUAAACCCAGUCUGUGCAUAGCUGAAGGAA